AUGAGUUUGUCUAGUGAAACAAAAAAAUAUCUUCAUGAAUCAUUAUUGCAACAGUGCUUAAAUCAAAACUAUACUAGCUCUUCUAAUAGAAAUGAUACUGCACUUUUAGAUAUAUAUCAACUCGAAGAGAUUUAUUCUCAAUAUAUAAUUUGGAUAGCAGAAAAAGGUUAUACAGUGAUCAAUCAUCCCUCUGAAAUUUAUAGAAUACCUGAUACCCACGAAUGUAUUGAUAGAAACCAGCUUCUAUGCUUAAUUAUUAAUAUUAAUGCAAAACAAAAACCUGAUUCAAAUAAUUCUAAACAUGCUUCUUUAGAUAAAGAAAAGCUAGCAGAAGAGGAAUUUAAACCUAUCGAUGAUGAUAAUGCUUUAGUUAAAAGAGCUAAUUUAGCUAUUGCAGAAUAUGAUACUACUCGUAUUCGUUCUGCUGUGGGUACUAGAAAAACAAAAAUAUUAAGAAAAAUUUUGGCAUCUUUAGCUCAAAGUAGUGCCAAUUUACUUUGUACUAUAUGUGUUUCAUAUCAUAAAACCUUUAGCAAUAAAUCUGAAGCUAAACUUAAAGAAUUAGAAAAAUUCGAUUUCAGAAUAGGGCAAUAUCAGAAUAUUUUUUCAAGAGGCCGUUCUUGUAUAGCAAUUUUAGAUAAAUCAAAUACUACUAUGUAUCAAAUGGCUAGUAGAGUUUAUACUCGAGAAUCUGCUAAUACUAUAUACGAUUUGUUAAAUGUAGCCACUCAUGUUGUUGCUAUGGAUGCUUUUGCAAAUAACUCAACUUUAGCUUUCUUAAAAUUCUAUCGAGGUUCAGAAGGUAUACAUAGAGGUUUUAAGAUACUUCAAGAAGAUAAACAUAUUGUAUUUGUUAUAACUAGCUUUAUAGAAAUUACUAAUAUCACUACUUCUGUUUAUGUUGAAGCAUUUGCUCAGAUGUUGUUCAGAAUCUGUGACUGCUCAUUACAUAUAGUUUCUCUUUAUCAUAGCAAAAAAUUCGAUAUUUUUAAAGAACCAUCAGUGGAAACCUAUAUCAAAGUUGAAUAUCAGAAAUACUUAUUAGCUAAAUACUUUCCUGAAAUUCUUUGUAGUUUUAUUGCUAGUACUGAAGCAAUAUUUGAAUUAAUUUUAGUAGAAGAUACUGAAAAAAUCAACAGGAAUAAAAUUUCUCAUACAAUUAAAAAUACUGAGAAAAAAAUUAAAGGUGCAGAUGCAGAAUCAAUAGCUAAUACUCCAGAUAUUAGCUUUAAAGAUAUAGAUAAUACAAAUAUUCUUUCUGAUGAUGAUAUAGCUAAGACUUUUGAGCAAUCACAGAAAAAAAUCGUUAAAAUUCGAGAAAAUGCAUUAUUACUCUUUGGCUUUAAAACCAGAGCUAAAGGAAAGCCAGAUCUUAAUGCUAUAAUAAAAUUUAUUAAUGCAAUAUUGAGUAAUUGUAGAGAUAGUUUUGUAACUCAAGAAGAACUAAUAGCUAUAAAGGUGAAUAAUUCUAAAUAUUUCUCUAUAGGUCCAAUUCUUCUAUUAUAUAAACCAGAAUCGAUUGAUGAAACUCAGGAUCUUUUCGAUUCUAUAUCUAUUACUAAUAAUAUUACUUCAGAAUGUACAAAGUAUAAAGUUUCUGACUUAUCUAAUAAUAAGAUUGAUGAAAAAGAUUUAUUCUUAGAAAUGCCAGCUCAAUAUGAUGCAGAACAUAAAAAGAAUUCUUUUCAAGAUAUAUGCUAUGUUGAUAUUACUACUUUUGAAGCCAAUGCAUAUGAGAAAGAAAAAUCUGAUUUUUUAAUUUCUUUAUCUUCAGAGUUUCUCAUUAAAAGAGAAUCUGAUAUUUGA